AUGGAGGAAGCGCGUGAACGCUUGGUCGAGAGGGUGCAGACCUUGAGCGACCUGGAGCUUGCUGUGCUCGUCUGCCUCGUUGCUGAGCAGCACUGCAUCAUCCAGACCGAAGGGCAACUGCUCGACAAUGUAGAAGAAGAGUUAAAGCUAGUGGCCACUGAUGUGUUUGGUCUCACGUGGGCUGUGCUGGAGUGCAAUAAGCAGACCACACUCGACGACUUCGGCUGCGGCAUUCUCGUCAAAGAUGAGACAGAUGACUACUUCAACAGCAAGACCGAAGCUAGCAACGUCAAGUUCGCGUCACUUUCCGGAUCACCAAAGCGACCUCAUCGUCGCAUCUCCAGAACGCCCAGUGCUUUCGCACAGCUUGACAGUGGAAGAAUCGCAAACAUCGUCGUUGCGAAGAACCUGGAUCGAGCGAACUCUCAAGUCCAGAUCCAGGCCCUCGAGAAUGAUCAGUUCUUCAUCUCGCACAAGCACUACUUCGGAGACGGCCUGCCAAACAUCGAAGAGCAACACGAGAAGGCACAAGCUCUCCAAGAUGAUCGGUCGACUUCUUCCGUCAUUCAUACGCCUCCAUUCAUACUCGCGAAGCGAUCACCCCAGCCAGCUUUGUUCUCAGCAGAGGACCUUGCAACGUUCACUACUCGUAUGGCAAAUAUCAAGAUCAGUUCCGAGGUUCGUGCUACUCUUGCACCUCUUCACAAUCUGGACUACAUCUCGCCAUCGAUGGUCGCGCUUGCUGCUCGCAAAAUCUACCCACACCGCAUUAUCAUCACGGCACCAGAGAACGAACGCAGUAUGCAAUGGGGUAGCUCUCUUGAGGCUGUGAAGGCUGUUCUCGACGGUGUGACCGCUGACGACGUUGUGGAAGAAGUGCUGCAGUCUGUCGAAGUACCGUUAUAA